AUGAAGCUCGGCGCCUUAGCCCUAGCAGGCUUCAUCGGCUACGUUGCCGCUGUGCCUUACUACUCAAUCACCGCUUCCUCGUCCUACUCCCUGAGCCCAACGCCAACUCCCAGCUCAACCCCCUGUACCACUCCUACCCCCACGCCUGAGGUGCACGAACACCACGGUGGCGCCGCUGCGGAAGGAGACCAGGUCUACGUUGCUAAAUACAGGCAACGCCGGCAGUACGACUGGCCCAUGCCGUGGCCAUCUCCAUCGUUCCCGUCUACGCCGACUCCUUCUUCCACCCCAGUUUCUUGCUCCGCCACGCCUUCUCCAAGUGGAUGGUGGUAGAUUACCAGUUGUGCGGGAGCGGACAAACUGGUCUCUCGCCUGAUAUACAACGUCCACUGCGGAUGGUGCCCAACCAUAGGGCUAGAUGUAUCCGGUUGACAGAGGUCCGGG